AUGGGUUUCUGGAGACAAAUGCCAUGGUUGUAUGUCACUCAUGUAUUGUUUCAAGUACGUUUGCAAAUUAUUUGUUAUUUUAAAAAAUUCAAAAUAUUUUUUUCAGCUUACAGUGAUCAGUUUUAUGAUGUUUAUCAGCCUUUUAUUGGUGAUAGGCGGAUCGGCCGUUACGUGGUUGGGUGCCCAAAUCUACAUUAACAUGAAUGGACAUUACUAUGGUCUCUUAGGAUUCUUCAUAUUUCUUUGUUGUGCUCUUAAUGCAUAUUUUGUGGUCGUCACUUGUAUCGGUUGGCGACAAUUGAAGCUCAUUUUACGACAACAAAAACGAAUGAUCUCAUAA